CGUGAACAAAAAAAUAAAUCCAUAAAAGAAAAUCAAGAAAAUGCAAUAGCAUCAGAGGAUCUUGUGGAUUUUAUUUUUAAUGCCCUUCCGGCAAAUUAUGAUUAUGUUGAGUAUCUAUUUGAAGAAAGAUUUCUUAUAAUCUUAGAGCCACUAUUAAACAAUGUUGAUACAAAUUCAGACGAUCAAGCACGAGUUGCUAAUAUUUCAAGUCAACAUGAUACAAUGUCAAGAAUUGUUCGAUAUAAUUGUGGUAGUACGAUUCAAAUUAAUAUAGAUCAAAUUCACAGUUUGGUGGUAAUUAGUAUUUAUCAUUAUCUUUAUCCACCACCUGAAGCAAUGGAAGUUUCCUCACAAAUUCAUGAUUUUAUUAUUAAUCAUAACCUAUUGACAGUACCACAGCUUUACAAUAAUAUUAAAGAUGAAAAAAUCGAUAGAUUUUUACAUAUUACUCGAUAA